AUGAUGGGCAUUUGUUUCAAAUUUACAGAUUGUCCCAGAACACCCGAUACACCAAAUAGUGAUCCUCGCUUUCCUACUAACAACAGAUUAAUUGCCUUAAAGAAACAGUUAAAUAUAGAAUUGAAAGUAAAGCAAGGAGCAGAAAAUAUGAUUCAAAUGUAUUCGAAUGGUCCAUCAAAGGAUAGAAAACUGCUUGCAACAGCUCAACAGAUGCUUCAGGACAGCAAGACAAAAAUUGAAGUUAUAAGGAUGCAGAUUCUUCAAGCAGUGCAGACUAAUGAAUUGGCUUUUGAUAAUGCAAAGCCUGUGAUAAGCCCACUUGAGCUUCGGAUGGAAGAAUUGCGACAUCAUUUUAGGAUAGAAUAUGCGGUGGCAGAAGGAGCCAAAAACGUUAUGAAGUUGUUCGGCUCUGGAAAAGUUACCGACAGAAAAGCUCUUUCAGAGGCUCAAGCAAGGUUUAAUGAAUCAAGCCAGAAGCUGGAUCUCUUGAAGUAUUCAUUAGAACAAAGACUAAAUGAACUCCCUAAAAACCAUCCCAAAAGCAGUAUUAUUAUAGAAGAACUUUCACUUGUUUCCUCACCAACACUAAGUCCACGGCAAAGUAUGAUAUCCACACAAAAUCAGUACAGUACACUGUCCAAACCAGCAGCUUUAACAGGUACUCUGGAAGUUAGGCUUAUGGGUUGCCAAGAUAUCCUGGAAAAUGUCCCUGGUAGAUCAAAAGCAACGUCCUUCACUCUACCUGGAUGGAGUCCAAGUGAAGCCAGAUCAUCUUUCAUGAGUCGAACAAGUAAAAGUAAAAGUGGCAGUUGUCGAAACCUCCUGAAAACAGAUGAUUUAUCCAAUGAAAUCUGUGCUGUUUUGAAAUUGGACAACACUGUUGUCGAUCAAACUAGCUGGAAGCCUAUUUCCAAUCAGUCCUGGGACCAGAAAUUUACGCUGGAACUAGACAGAUCGCGUGAGUUAGAGAUUUCUGUUUAUUGGCGUGAUUGGAGAUCUUUGUGUGCCGUGAAAUUUCUGAGAUUAGAAGACUUCUUGGAUAAUCAGCGACAUGGAAUGUGUCUGUAUCUUGAACCUCAGGGUACUUUGUUUGCAGAGGUUACGUUUUUUAAUCCUGUUAUUGAAAGGAGACCAAAACUUCAGAGACAAAAGAAAAUUUUCUCCAAGCAACAAGGCAAAACAUUUCUCAGAGCUCCGCAAAUGAAUAUUAAUAUCGCCACUUGGGGAAGGUUGGUGAGAAGAGCUAUUCCAACAGUAAAUCAUACUGGGACCUUCAGCCCUCAGGCCUCUGUGCCCUCUACAGUAUCAGUAGCUGAUGCUCACAUUUCUGGAUUAGGCUCACCAACCAGUGAUUCCCCUGUAGGUAAAUUGGUGUUUGAACUUGACCCUGAACCCACCUGUCCUCCACGUGUAUCGUCUCUUGGAGAAAUCAGUGAACCUUCACCUGAACCAAAGUCUCCACCUACUCCCACUCAGGAUGUGGAAGCAUUUGAUUUUGAGAAUGACAAAAAUAAUUUUGUUCCAAAAUUUCAACCAGAAAUUAUUUGUGAGACUCAGAUUUCAAAUUCCGAUACUGAGUAUAAACAAAUACCUGAAGAUAGAAGAAUACAACAGAGGUUUCAGUUUAGUUUACAAGAUUUCCGAUGUUGUGCUGUUCUGGGUAGAGGACAUUUUGGAAAGGUCCUAUUGGCUGAGUAUAAAAACACUAAUGAAAUGUUUGCUAUUAAAGCCUUAAAAAAAGGAGAUAUUGUUGCUCGAGAUGAAGUAGACAGUCUCAUGUGCGAAAAGCGAAUUUUUGAAACUGUGAACAAUGUAAGACACCCGUUUUUGGUGAACCUCUUCGCCUGUUUUCAAACCAAAGAUCACGUGUGCUUUGUAAUGGAAUACGCUGCUGGCGGGGAUCUCAUGAUGCACAUACACACUGAUGUCUUUUCUGAACCCAGAGCAGUAUUUUAUGCUGCAUGUGUAGUUCUUGGCCUGCAAUAUUUACAUGAACACAGGAUAGUUUACAGAGAUCUAAAGCUGGAUAACCUGUUGCUGGAUACUGAAGGCUUUGUUAAAAUAGCUGACUUUGGUCUCUGCAAAGAAGGAAUGGGAUUUGGUGACAGGACAAGUACAUUCUGUGGCACUCCAGAAUUUCUUGCUCCAGAAGUGUUGACAGAAACAUCUUAUACAAGAGCUGUAGAUUGGUGGGGUCUUGGUGUACUCAUCUAUGAAAUGCUGGUUGGUGAGUCUCCCUUCCCAGGAGACGAUGAAGAAGAAGUUUUUGACAGUAUUGUAAAUGAUGAAGUAAGAUAUCCUCGAUUCCUGUCUACAGAAGCUAUCUCAGUAAUGAGACGGCUUCUGAGGAGAAAUCCAGAGCGUCGCCUUGGUGCUGGCGAAAAAGAUGCUGAAGAUGUCAAAAAGCAUCACUUUUUUCGGUUAAUUGACUGGAAUGCGUUGCUGGCCAAGAAAGUGAAGCCUCCUUUUGUCCCAGUCAUAAGAGGAAGAGAAGAUGUCAGCAAUUUCGAUGAUGAAUUUACCUCAGAAGCGCCUAUUCUCACUCCACCUCGGGAGCCUCGGAUACUUUUGGAAGAUCAGCAGGAAAUGUUCAGGGACUUCGACUACAUUGCUGAUUGGUGUUAAAUCUUUUAGUCACUGUGAAAAUUCCAGCUGAUGUGCUCCCCAGGACAACUUUCUCCCAUCGCCCUAAGAAGACCAUUCUUUGAAUCACUCUCUCUCUCCUGCCUGUAGCUUCUGAUUUUUAAAUCAUAUGAAGAUUUUAAACAGUACUGUUUUUAAUACAGAGGAGGCAUGGCCUCUCUUUUGUAUAUCUUUUUUGUUUCUUUCUAACCUUGAGCACUGGAAAGCAAUUUUAUGCAGCUCUUGAAGCUGAUUCAGUGGGUGCGGGCUGUUUUCCACAUUCACAUGGGCACCCUUGUGUACUGUAUCUUUAUUCUUCCAGAGAAGAAAGCAUCACAAAACCACCUGCCUUACAAAGUGGGACCACAAAUGGAUACUAAGCUACCGUAGAUCAAUCACCUGCCCGAGUUUUAAAGAAAGAAAACAAAA